GGGGUGGGCUACAUAUAAAAACUCAUCUCUCUCGCCCCUGCGCCGACCCCUCUCUCACAAAACCCUAACGCAAACCCUAGGUCGCGAGCUUCGCGGAGAAGUGUUUCGGAUCCUUUUUUGAUCGAUUGGAGCUCACAUCAAGCUAACAUGGCGGAAGAUAUUGCAGUUGAAACACCCGCUCCGGCUCUCGGAGAGCCCAUGGAUUUGAUGACUGCUUUGCAGCUUGUGUUGAAGAAAUCGGCAGCUCAUGAUGGGCUCGCGAAGGGACUCCGGGAGGCUGCAAAAUCAAUUGAGAAGCACGCAGCGCAGCUCUGUAUACUUGCUGAGGAUUGCGACCAGCCCGACUAUGUGAAGCUGGUUAAAGCUCUCUGUGCGGACCAUAAUGUUCACCUGGUCACAGUGCCUAGUGCUAAAACUCUUGGCGAAUGGGCGGGGCUUUGCAAAAUUGACUCGGAGGGAAAAGCAAGGAAAGUUGUAGGGUGCUCCUGUGUGGUUAUCAAGGAUUACGGAGAAGAAUCAGAGGGUCUUAAUAUAGUUCAGGAGUAUGUCAAAUCACACUGAGAGAUGGUCCUUUAUUAUAUCCACUCAACUUAGAGGAAAAAAAUGCUUUAAGCUGUUGUAGCCCUCUUAGAGUAAUGAGCAUGGAGUUUUGCGGCUCGGAACAUUAUUUGUUUUCUUUAAGUGUGACCUAAGAUUCUUAACUCGGUAUUUUAUUCAGUGAUUAGCAUUUUAUGCUGGGACGGUUUGCUUAAUGCCUUGCAGCAAAUUAUGAUGAGACAAAUAGUGUUCUUUAUCUACUUUCUCAUCCUUUAUUUUUUUUU